GCUCACCUCCUGCUGUGCCCCCUCUUCCUAAGUUUCAUGGAAGACAAUUUUUCCAGGGACUAAUAGGUCACGGGUUGGUAUUGGUCUGUGGCCUGGGGAUGGGGGACUGCAGCCCUAGAUGACAUAGUAUCACACACACAGAGACUAAACAGAAUGUCCAGUGAGGCAUGAGCCAAUGAGAAGACAUGGCCAGGCCUCUGCACACACAGCAGGACAGACAGAGAAAGGUCCAGUGUGUAUAGAAAAAGGAUGCAGAGUCUUCUGGAAGAAAUCAUAAUUUACCUUCAAAAAAGGGAAGAGAAUUCUUGAGUACUGUGGAAUAGCUUAAUAACAACUUGAAUUGCAUAAAGCAUAAGCUCAGAAGUGAUAAAAUAACAGCAUGAAGUGAAAAGGUAAAAUACAGAGCCAAGGAGACACUUAGAAAAUCAGUUUGCAGAGCCAACAAAUAAAUUAGAAGCAGCUAGGAACAGAAUACUCAUGGUUGAAAAAUUAACUUACAGCAAAAGCUUGACAUAUUUACAGAGUACAGAAGAAAAAGAAUGAAACAGGAAAAAAUGAUGGGUGUGUGAAACAGGUGGAGAACAUUACAGGUGAUGGGAUUUCCUAGAGGUGGAGAAAGGCUUUCUGUUCUUCGGUUCAAGUUCCUCUUGGAAUUAUGUUUUUAAGUUGCAGAGAAUUGACAACUCCAGACAUCACUCAUUUGGAAGUGUGUAAACAUUGACACAUGGGUGAAAAUAAAUGUUCAUGUGCUUCCUCAAAGAACACCAAUGAGAUGAAAGAUUUAUUUAUAGCCUGAGACCUGAAAAUUCCCCUUUGAAGCAGUUUGUUUCCUGGCAUUGCUGCUCAGAGCUCCCCUCCCCCACUCUGUGAUGAUUUUCUUUGGUUUGCAGGAAGGGAUCUCUUGCUAAAUGUGAAUACUGACCUGCUGAGCAUAGGGCAAGCAUAUUUUGCUACUUUUCCUACAACAGGACCACUAUGUAGGAUGGGUUUUUAUGGAGAAGCAAAAAUUUGUUAUUCUGUCAGACAUCUGUGGUUAAUCAUUUACCUUUUCUACAUUUUUUUAAAUCUCUUAAGUAAGUCAGGGUGAUAGGUUAGCAUGCAAGAAGAACAAACAGAUCCAGUAACAUUUACUACUAUGGACUAGAAAACUGAACUUCCAUUUCUUGCAGGCCACCACCAAGUAUGGCUUAGAAUCUUUACCUUGCAAAUUGCUGUGGGGAGACCAUAGAGCAGAAGUGAAAUUGGUUUCUGGAAUGGACUUGUCAUGAAUUAUUCAUUCACUACCUCAUUCCUUGGAAAUCAGCUGGAGGAAGUAAUUAGUCCAGUUUGAUCAUGGGAGUGUUAUGCUGAGGGCUUCAGCAAGCCCUCACAAGUCCAGCUGCAACAACCAACCAUGUGCUUCUGCUGGCUGCUAUAGGGGGCAGCUGCUGUGCAGGCAGAGCCCGCCCCAGUGCGGAGCACGGGGACCAUGCUGCAGGCGAGAGCUGUGCUGAGGACUCUCCAAUGCAUUCUUUCUGGAAAAUGAAGCUUCAGCAUGAGAAGACUUUGGGACAUUCCAUGAGUUAUUCAAGCAACAUUUCUAAGGCUGGGAGUCCUCCAUCAGCGUCAGCUCCGGCUCCGGUGUCUGCCUUCUCUCGCACUUCUGUCACACCAUCCACCCAGGACAUCUGCAGUUCCAGUGCAGUGUUUUCUGAGUGUUGUCACCACAGUCCCGUGCAGUCUGCUGUUGUCUUGAAAACUCCUCAAUGCCAGAGUUCUCUGACACAAGGGCUCACUGUGACAGUUAUCUGUAAAGAUACAGUACAGGCAUCAAAGAGAAAUUCCUUUGGUUCAGAAUGGGUCCAGGCCUUGAAGCCUGGUAAGAAUACCAAAGCCAGAAGAACACUAAAGUUCUCAAAGUCCCUAAAUGAUGUGGGUGAGAAGGCCCAAGAUACUUUGGAAAGUUUUGACUAUGUGGAAAGAACUUGUUCUGAAGGAAAGUUAAUACUCCCUCAAGAUCCACGUCUCAGAAUUAACAGGUUCCAUCAUAAAGAAAAAAGAACGCUGAUCUGCAGACCUCUUGGCGGUUCCAAACAUUCUUGUGUUUCAUCUCUUUCUGCCACCUGUUCAACUGCCUCAGAAGUGGGAGCUGGCAAGGGAGGUGUGCACAUCCCGCCCUUGGACCAGAAAGGAGAUGGCGAGGCCGCGUCCAGAAGCCGGCGGCUGCUCCGGUACCUGCUCUCUCUCUCGCGUGGCUCGAGCACCAGCAGCCUGCACAGGUUCCACGAGCUGGAGAGCUGUGCCGCUCACCUGCAUGCCGCUAAGUCCUCCAGUGGGCUGGCCGGGAGCACCGGCUUCUGCUCCGACGAAAUGGGAGACGACGACGUCUUUGAGGACAGCACGUCCACAAAACUGAAAAGCAGGGUUCUGCGGGCGCCCCUCUGCUCCACAGAAAAGGACAGCGACCUGGAUUGUCCUUCUCCCCUCUCUGAGAAAUGUCCCCCCAUGUCCCCUGUGUCCACAUCAGGGGAUGCCUGCAGGAUCUGUCACUGUGAGGGAGAUGACGACAGCCCUCUGAUCACGCCCUGCCGCUGCACGGGAAGCCUCCACUUUGUGCACCAGGCCUGCCUGCAGCAGUGGAUCAAGAGCUCUGACACUCGCUGCUGCGAGCUCUGCAAGUACGAGUUCAUCAUGGAGACCAAACUGAAGCCUUUGAGAAAAUGGGAGAAGCUGCAGAUGACAGCCAACGAGCGCAGGAAGAUCAUGUGCUCAGUGACGUUCCAUGUCAUCGCCAUCACCUGUGUGGUCUGGUCCUUGUAUGUGCUCAUCGACCGCACCGCUGAGGAGAUCAAGCAGGGGCAGGUAACAGGAAUCCUAGAGUGGCCCUUUUGGACUAAAUUGGUGGUUGUGGCCAUUGGCUUCACUGGAGGACUUCUUUUUAUGUAUGUUCAGUGCAAAGUAUAUGUGCAAUUAUGGAAGAGACUCAAGGCUUAUAACAGAGUGAUCUAUGUUCAGAAUUGUCCAGAAACAAGCAAAAAGAAUAUUUUUGAAAAAUCUGCACUAACGGAGCCCAACUUUGAAAAUAAAGAUGGACGUGGAGUCUGUCAUUCCGACACAAACUCUUGUUGCACAGAGCCUGAAGACACUGGAGCAGAAAUCAUUCACGUUUGAUUGUGUGGAGGGUGUAGUUUUCCUGGACAUCUGUGAAGAGCUGAAGGAAAUUGUUUACUGCCAAUCGUGUACCUUUCUUAUAUCCUUUAAUAGUAUAGACUGGGCAGGUAACUAUUGUUAGUGGCCUCUCUUUUUCUGAACCCUCUUUAAUGAAUCUCCUCGAAAGCCCUUCCAGGAGCCAGGCAUGGCUGGGUCCCCCUCUGCCAGGCUGCUCUGUGGGAAGAGAAGGUGGAAGACCUCAUGACGCCAUGAUGGGGAGACGGCUGAGUGCCCACCCAUGAUCAUGAACAGAACAAGAGAAUCAAAUGCCAAACCUGAGGGAAGAGCAGGAGCAAGGGGCACCAGCCCUGAUGUGCAGCUUCUUCCAGCUUGCAGCCUCCAGGCCCUGGAGUGCAGUGCUGGGAAGUGUCUGGCCUUGAGGAGAGGAUCCCUCUGCGCUAAGGAGAGCCCCUCCAGGCACACUCGUGCCCGCCCUCUGCUGAUGCUGCCGCCUUGCUCUCUCAAGCAGGCAGUGCCUGGUGCUCUGUGUGUCAUGGCGUGUGAUUCACUGAGCAGACAGCACUUUACAGAAGAGAAUCUUUAUUUUGUGAUACGUGUGUCCAGUGGGAUUGACACUUAAAGAACAUCUCAUUUAGAAAUCUUCCCUUUGUUACCCUUGUUAUCUCUUUUACAUCAUAAUAGAUCUAAAACCCUUUUUGCCUUAUAUAUGCUAAGAAGCGUGACAUUCACUCUGUGUCCGUCCGUAAGACAGACUUGUGACUUUAAAACGGGACAGAUCUGAGGCUUUUGCAUAAUAGAUUUCAUGGGAAUUAAUGGAUGUUAAAUGGCAAUUAGAGCAUAAUUCCUAUGCUUUUGAGCUUGUUUUAUGACAAGUCCUUAUUUCAUAAGCCUGCCCCAUACAUUUCUUUUUGGUCAACACUGAAAAAGAAGAGUUUUUGAGAUCUAAGUGGAAGGAAAGGAAGUGAGUAAUUACUUAAAAAAUAUUCCUUUGUAGACAAAUCUCUCCAGUGGUGCUGACUUCACACUGAAGGAGCAGCCACGUGCCGUCUUGGUCGGGCGUGUGUGCUGCAGGUGCUCCUCGGCGCUGGCCCGCCACGCAGUUCUGCUUGGGGAAGGUUCUGUGGAGUCACUGCUGAGGGCCAAGAGGCAAGUGAGCUGGCUCUAGGACGAGGACCAGGUGUGAGCAGCAAACUUCCAGGGUCUCCAGCCACAUACCUGCCCGUCUGUCGCCUUAACUGGACUGAACAGACAGGAUCCUUUUAGGGGCCCUUGGCCCCACUGUUGGUCCAUUCUGUCAUCAGGGAUUAUCUCCUAUACCAGUUUCAUAAAACAAACAAAACCAAAAUCACUACCAUCAAAUGGCCUUUAUCCCUUCGAAAAGUCUGCUUAAAAUUCUGUUUUUAAAACCCAUUUCCAUAGUACCAGGCAAAUAAAGAAUCAACUCCAGUAAAGUAGGCAAGGAGGGCCUAUACCAGGGUGAGCAGGCCACAUGCUGUCUGUCCAGGUGACUUUCAUCCAGCUGGCAGAGAGUGGUGAGGUGCCUGGGGGUCCUGGCCUCACUCUCUCUCAGCCUUAGGCACCUUGUCCGUCAUCCUGUUAAAAGAAGUAAGCAAACACAAGGUAAUUUCUUUGCCUUUCAGAGUAGAAACCUGUGGCUUGUUUUGAGGUUGAAAGGUCUCUAAGCUCUGGGAGCGGGCACAUUGGAGUCACUAGUCCUGGUCUGUGGAGCUGCCCUGCCAUGGCCUUUCUUUGGGCGGACAGGCACUGUCCAGCCAGCACUGUUUGGCUCCUGAAAACAGGUCAGCCUGUCCUCUCUCCCAGGCCACAUCCAGCCUGUGCCUGUGUUCACUGUGCCCCAAAGUGCAAUUACCCACACCCCUUCACAUUCUGGGGACACCAGGCAGCCACAGAUUGUCCACUCAGGGGAGCUGAAUCCCAGCUCAGCCCUGCCACUGCCUCUUAGGAACUCCGCCCAGGCAAGGCCCCUGGUUUUGUACGCUUGUCUCUGCCACCCUCCAACAGUGGAUGAGGGGUUGAAGUGAAGACUGGGAUAGAUUUUUAAGUGUGAAUUCUCCCUCAGCCAUGGAACCCCUUCUGCUGAAUUUGAAAAGCACUGAGACUUCCUGUAGAGAGGAAAGUGUGCUGAGGUAGGGAUAGCCCCUGGGCAGCCCACCCAGUGUGGCUGGCACCCCCUUACGGCAGGGGUGCCUUUGGUGUCACUCCCAUGCCCAACCAGAUUCUCAUGUGAAGCCGUCUCCCUUUUCAGGAAGGCCUAACACCAUCUCAUCAUCUCUGGCCACUCUGUGGACAGUCCACCCACAUCCUUCUUUCCCUUCCUGGCGGGGCACACAGCUACCCCCUUGACUUGACUUUUCUUGCAGGUUCUAUCUAGUUCAGCACCUCUGAUCCAUCCAGCCCUCCAGUGACUCACUAGUAGUGAAGUGGGAAGCCUGGAAGGGGGUGCUCUGCUGCCAUCUAGUGGGGACACAGUAUCUGCCAGUAUUCCUUUUGUCUGGGUGACUUGCCAAGUUCCUUUGGGGGGCUAUUUAUUCCCCAGCCCUCCCCCCUUAUUUUGCAUUUUGGUUUAGUAGUAGGAUGGCAUUUAGCCGAAUCAUAUAGAAUCCCAGAAUGAGGUUUCAGGGCCAGGAGGUGUGAUAUUUGCAGGCCAGGGAAGGGGAAGAGGUAAGCAGUCUCCGGUGUGUCACUAGCCAGCCCUCUCUCUGAUUUGGUCUUUUCUCCCAUAAGUACCACUUUCAGGUUUCUGACUUCAGCAGUAAAUGGAUUUUUGUGUUCAAGUCUAUUGUGAGACUUUCUUGGAAACCCUAUAAAAGAUCUUUUUCUACUCUAGGCCUCUAAUGUCUCUGUUUUUUGCUUCAAUCCCUCUUUUCAGUCAUAUAUGCCUAGUUUCUGCCUGUUCAUGUGCCCUACCUGGCCACAGGUGUGCAGGCCCCCAGCAGCUGGGCCAGUUUGGGAACCUCUGGUGAUGCCUGCAGGGCUCGAGGAGGGCUGGGGCCAGCAGGGAGAGCUUCACAUUGCUGUGGACAUGGCUGGUUGCAAAUACAUUUGAAAUACUUUCCCUUUUGAAUCUGGUUUGAAAUGUGCAGCUUCCAUCUCUAGCCCAAGGAAAGACCAAAACGUAGGGAAAUAAAAGCAUUUAUCUUUGUUUUGGAAGUCAUUGUUCAAGCUGUGCACCUGAUCAGGCACAUUUAGAUGCAAUGUUUAUAGAAAGUUGAUUGUUAAUAAAAACCAAAUUUACACUGGCAUGUGUGGUGUAGUUUCUAAAAGGCACUUCACAUUUGAAAUUUUUCUUAUCUUAGAAAGUUUCUAGUUAUCUGAAUGUCUGGUUUUGUAUUCUUUUGUGUAUGUUCACUGUUUCCCAGUAUUACCACUUGAAUAAUUCUCUGUACAGGGGGCUUGUUUGUGCUAUACACUAGGGUGUCUAAUUGCAGCAAUAAAGCCUUUCUUUACAAAGGA